AGAGAGACGACGAGGAGAGAAACGCGAAGAAUGAAGAGAGAAGAAGAACGGAGACGAAGACGAACGACGUCCCGCACCAACCAGCCAAGGACGAACGACGAAGAACGAAGAGGAGGAGAAGAACGAAGGAGAUCGACUGGAGAACGAGGACAAACGACGAAGAACGAAGAGGAGAAGAAGAAGAACGAAGAAGUUCGACUGGAGAACGUGAUUGAACCAAAUAAGGUAUCUCUCUCUCUCUCUUCACCGUUUGACUGAUUUGAACCCUUUUUUGUUAGGGUUUCGAUUUUGAUUCUGGAAUUGUGUUUGUAGAUGGUUUUUAUUUUGAUUAGUUGUAUAU